AUGGAAGUAAAUUAUUUAGACUUCAACGAAACUAAUACACACUUGAAACUUGAGAAUGGAGAUACUGGUACACUUCCUGAAAAAAAAAAUUCAAAAUUAGGAAUUAAUGAUUAUUUUACUACAAAUAAUAUAACUAUACAAUCUAAGAAAUAUGCGGAUAUUUUAUUAGAGGAUAUUAUAGAUGAAUUUGUGAAUCAAUAUAAACCUAAUAUGGUACCUAGAAUAAUUGCACUAAUAGACAUGGAUGCAUUCUUUACUCAAGUACAGCAUAAAAUUUGCAAUAUACCUAAAGAUAAACCUCUUGUAGUAUUACAAAGAAAUACAGUUAUAGCAGUUAAUUACCCAGGAAAAGCUAGAGGUAUUAAACGUGGUAUGAAAUUACAAGAAGCCUUAUCUAUAUAUCCGGAUUUAGCAGUCCCAGAAACUACAUAUUAUAACGAUAAAAUAGAAGAUAAUAAUAAUUACAAUAUAAAAAAAAUUUCAUUGGAAAUUUAUAGAGAAGCAUCAAGAGAAAUAUUUGAUAAUAUAGCAAACUAUAUUCCAAAAUGCAAAAUCCAAAUUUCAUCAAUAGAUGAAGCUUAUAUAGACCUAUCUGAAAAUAUAAAAUUAAUACUUGAAUAUAUUGUUUUAGUUUUGAAAGGUGAAAGAUCUGAUUAUAGAGGUAUUGAAGAUUUAUUAUGUUUAACAGGUGAGGAGAUAUUAAAUUAUCAAUUAAAUAUUGUAAAAAAUCAUAAAGAGAUGAAUUUUAUGAAGUGUCUAAUGGAUUUAUUUCCUGAAUUAUUCAAUGAAAAGGAAAGAUCUAGAAUUUUUUUAAUAUUAUUUAAUUCAUAUAAUGAAAAAGGAAAAUUUUCAUUAUUUGAUAUUUAUGGAUUAAAAUUUGAUGAAAUAUUAAUAUUAUUAGGAGCUACAAUCAUUUAUAGAGUUAGGAAUAGAUUAUUACAGGAUCUUAAUUAUACUUGUAGUGCAGGUAUAUCUAUAAAUAAGAUGCUUGCAAAAUUGGUAUGUUCUUUAAGAAAACCUAAUGGCCAAUCUGUACUACUUUCACGAUGGAUUAAUCAAUAUAUGGGGAUAUUACCAAUAUUGAAAUUAAGAUUGUUAGGUGGAAAGUUAGGAAAGUUAGUUUCAGAGAAACUUCCAAUGGUAAGAAUGUCAUCAGAUCUUCUACAAUAUAAUAAGGGUACUUUAAUAAAAUUAUUUGGUGAAAAGAAUGGUGAAUAUUUAUAUAAUACCUGCCGUGGUAUAGAUUUAGAAGCUGUUAUAGAGACUCAACAUUAUCGUAGUAUUUUAUCAUCAAAAAAUUUUUAUUCAGGUUUAGAUAAUUUAGAUGAAAUAUUUAAAUGGCUUCAUAUUUUUUCAUCUGAACUUUCUGAAAGAUCUAAAAACUUGUACAAAACAUUAAAAAUACGACCAACUAAGGUUGGAGUUACAAUUCGUAAUAAAUUAAGUCAAAAUAGAACAAGAGUACAAUCAAUAAAUUAUAGUGAUCAUACUCCUAAUACAGAUAUUAUAUAUAAAACUGCUAAGUUUAUUUUUUUAAACAGAUUUUAUGAGCCUAAUAAUUCUAAUAUACAAAAAAAAGAAUCUGAUAUAAAUAUUAGUUAUAUUAAAGAUAUAUUUCCUUGUAAGUAUCUUGGUGUUUCAUUACAUAAUUUAAUAAAGAAUGAUAGUAAAUUUGAUAUAUUACAAUUUGAUAUUUCAAAUAAUAAAACCAAUAAUAAAUUAAGAUAUGAUGAAAAUAUUAUAGAAAAUUAUAAAAAUGAAAAUAAAAAUAAUAUACAAGAAUUUGAUAAUAAUAAUUCAUUAGAUAUAUUACAAAGUACAAAAAUUAUAAAUCAAUUAGAAACAAAUCCAAAUAUUAAAGAAGAUAUAAUUGAAUUGUCAAGUGACUCAGAUAAAAGUGAAGAUGAAACUUAUAAUUGUAAUAUUUGUCAUCAAAUAUUGAAGUUAUCUGGUAAACAACAACAUGAUAAAUACCACCUAAAUUUCAAAUUACAAAGUAGUAAGUAUCAAGAUCCUAUUAACAAACAAAGAACAUUACUACUAAAGUCACCACUCAAGAUAAAUGAAAAGAAAUCACAUAAUUUAAGGAGAAAGAGAUCACUAAAUAUAUAUACAAGUGAAGAUACAUUAAAACAGACAAAAUUGAAUAUAUAG